AACCUGAAGAAGAUAUUUUUACUAAUGGCUCUUCAAUUGUAGCCAAAAUUUUGAAUAUAAGAAAAUCUCAUGAGGCCUAUUCACAUUCAAAACAUUUGCACAAAGUUUCAAAUAUAAUGAGAUUAGAUAAUGCACAUGAAAAUAUUAAUACUAAUACUGCAAAUCAAUUAAUCACACAAAUUACAAGUAAUGAUUCUGGACAAACUGUUAGAAGAAGAGUGACUAGGUGGCAAGGCAGAAAAAAUAUUGAAAAUAUGUUUAGAACCAAUGAUAAUAUGCCAGGUUUUAAUAUUGGAUGUGCAAAUAUUUCAGAAAUCAAUCCAUUAGAUAGAAAUGGUUAUUUACUUAUUUUUACUGAAAACCAAUUAUGUAUUGCCAAAAUUAUUGUAAUGUAUGAAUUGAAAGGAGGAAAACAUGCUUUAGUAGAUAAU